UACGCCAUUUGAAGCUGUUGCGGACCCUGCGGACCCUGAGUGGGGAAGAAGAAGCUGAGGGGUCAGCGGCCGCUAAAAUGAUGCGUUCUGGUGAGCCAAUCACUCGAGCUUGCGGCCGAGGGGUGGCCCAAGCUCGACCGACAUAUUUCAACUGACGAGGCUUGAAUUUCUUCCUCGCCCAACUUCGAGAUUCGAAACAACAACACCUGUGAAAAUGGUUCUCCAAACACCGGCACCACAUCCAAGCCGUAUCCCAUCAUGUCGCCGACGGCUCAGCCCUUGAUAUAUGCUGAGCUUCUGUCAAACAUCCGUCAGAUCUCUGUCAUUGUCGCCCUCGACGCGCCUUGCGGCCCUAGCACAAAGGCAGAGCUGUCAGCAGAUGGACAAGAUUUCAUUUUGCACCAUGACGGAGAUACAUUUACCCUAAAUCUCCCUGGACAGGCAGUCCGUAUACAACUGCAGAAGCCUGUUCUGGGGAACAAGGAGCUUUCCUGGCGCAUCCCUAUCGCCGGGCAAACCACCAGGGCCAGCAUUGAAGACGCGAAGAGCAACGAGGCCCCAUGGUCUGCCAAAGAGCUUUCAGACGAUGCAGAGUUCGCCUGUCGCGAUUGUGGCGUAGUCAUCUUAGAGAAGGGAACCAUCAAAGUGUGGAAAGACCUCCCAAGUGAGAAUUGGGCGGAGAUGAUGGAGUUCUGGCAUUGUCACAAGCCUGAUGUUCCUGCUGAGGAAGCGAACGGCCUAAAAGAGCAUGGUCACGUGCACCACAGUCAAAUAGCUGCCAGCAAAGGCUAUGGAGCUUCGUCCAAGUUCAUCCCAAGCAACGGUAUUGGCUUCAUCGACCUCACAUCGUUCUUGCUCACUAGCAACGAUUGCACAAACGUCGAGAUCUUACAGUCAUCCGCACAAGAUCCAGCGUCCGUUCUUUGCAAAAAUUGCCAUCGCAGUAUCGGCCGAGAAGAUCCUCAGUCGGACGGAAUCCGACUCUUCAAGUGGUCUCUUACUCUCCAGUCGUCAAAUCCACAUGCUCUCACCAGUCCCAGCCUAUCCAAAUUCAUCUCUUCAUCAUGUCUCAGCUCGACACAAGCGACUGGCGCCUCCAAGCUCGUCCUUUCGCCGAGAACGCUGUUUGGUGGGCUCAGUACCACGCUCAGAUCUUCGUCGUCUGCAAAGUCAUCCAGCUCAUCAUGGAAUGAUCCAUCGGAUCGAACCGAUGGCAGCGCCUUCCGGACUGGGUCAAGUUCGCCAUCUGCGUCUACACCUGGUCCUAUGCUUGUGUGGGUGCUACAGUCUGCUUUAUACAGCUGUUGGUCCACAUUAUCAUCGUCUUCGCCACCUGGGCCUUCUUCCACUUCACCUAAUCUUGCGAUGAAGGUCUUCUGGAAGCCAAUAUCUGCGGACGAUGCCAAGAUAUUACUGGACGGUGGAGCUGCAGAGGAACUGGUACUCCCAGAUGAGAUUGUGGUGGACAUUGGAAGAGUUCUGCGGGAUUCAGCUUGUUGUUUACCCCCGAGUGCAAGACAUUUCAAGGAAUGGGAUGUAGGACUACUGGAACGAUACCAGUCAAGACAUUAAAUCAAAUCGAUCUUCUCCUCCCGU